AUGAACUUCGAGAAAUUCAGCCUCGGGAAAUUCAAUCUACUAUCGAAUUACUCUCCCGCAGAGGCGGACUGGGGCAUAGAAGAACCCAUAGCUCCCCCCAGACCUCGGUUCAGCUCCACAUCUACUUCUGAAUACAGUCAGCCCCACCGCCUUCGAGAGUUAUCAAUAAGAACACCGUCAUUUGCAACCUCGUCAUAUUGCGCUAGUGCUAGUGCUCAUAAGAGAUUACCACCAACAACUGAGAGCUUCCAUAAAUUUAUCAAGAAGUACUUAUCGUUGGAGCAUAGAGAUACCGCUGUGGUGGAGCGAUUCAAGUACAAUUUGGUGGUUUCCAAUCUACUCGAUGCAUCCCUAGUACUUUCAAAAAAUGAGCAGGCGCUUAACAACUUGGUGCAGAUCCGUAAUGAGGUCGACAACACCUUGCACGUGGAAUUGGCUAAAGAAUUCUCCUUCGAUGGAACGACGUUGGAAAUCGUCAACAAGCAAUACAGACUUCGCUUUCCCUCCGCAUACAGUGACCCCCUCCUCCUCCUCAACAUCAUAUCACUUGUGAUUUUCUUGUUGAAGCAGAACUUCCACAUUCGCUCGCAUAUAUCGUAUGCUGGGCGAAUUACCAUAUUCAAGAUGUUGCUCAUCAUGGCUACAAAAUUCAUCAAGUGUAAAAGAGCAAAAACCACUCUCACCGCCUCAAGAAGUUUGCGCAGCCUUGACGACUUUAUGAUUUCUAACUGCAGAAUCAAUAAGUCUCUCAUAACAAGCAUGAUUUCUUUGAAGGAGUUUGAGAUGUUCGCGUUCAUGAAUAAGACGUCCAAAACAGAUUCUACAACCCAAUACUCCAAUGAAUUGAAGAGUCACUUGAAUAUGUUAUUGACAUGUCUCACGAUCAAUAUGCGUCACUCUGUGAGCACUCUCCUUCCGAUGUGCAAUGGAUUGUUAUUGGAGCAGUACUGCUCAAUCAAUAACGUACAGAUGGCCAAUAUAUUCGACCACAACGAAUCCAUUCAAGAGGAGCAGCUCACUUUGGAGAGCCUCAAAGAAAAACUUAAUAAUUUCAAUAACCUUAGACGGUUUUUCAUUUGCCAGCUUCUUACAAUCCAUGACAAUCCCCUACGCAACUUCUUCAUGUUGAAGUUGUACGACGCAUUCCAUAUCGAUGAUUCCGCCAUAUUUCAGCUCAAUAUAACUGACAGACUCACCAAACUUGAGCAAAUCUUCGAGAAUCACACAAAGACCCUAGAUCAGCUUCUUGCGUUGAAUGAGAAAUUUAAACUGUUAAGCAAAUCUUCACCCACUACCGACUAUGCUAAUGAUGAUGUGCUCUCAAGAGGAAAAUCGCCAGUUGAGCAUCGCGACGACGAGCUAUUCUUGCUGGAUACCGAGCUCAAUCUUCGAAAUUUAAUCAACAAACUCACGAGCGUGACUACUAGCCUACAGUAUUUCAGGAAAUACAGUGAGGCAAUAUCAGAUAUAAAUGACUCAGAGGAGUACGAAGAGAAAAUUUCAAUUUUUUCAUCCUUUCAAAGUGAACUCAAAGGCUGUUUAGAACUCUAUAACAUUUGCAAGAGCGAUUACGACGGGGAAUUCAACCGCAGAUUUGUGUCGGCAUACUCCCAGCCAUCUAGUGCAUCAACAUCUCAACGUAAUUCGUUAAACAGCAAUGACCAGUUCAAUCCAAAGAGCUUCCACACUGGGUCGAGCUCGAGGAAAAAAAGGAACUCUUUGCCAAUUAAGGGUGAAACACAUCGCUCAGAGUCUACUUCAAGCAAAGCCAAUAGCUCUCUGGAUAAGAGGUAUAAACGACUCUCUACUGGAUUGCAGCUAGGGCUACUUACUGUCCUCGAGGAGCCGACAAACAACAUUAACUCUAGUGCGUCCGAGCCGUCACCCAGGAUGUCUUCCAAAGAUACCUUCAAGCAUUUUCUGUCUCACGAGGACAACAAUGAGGGAUAUGAUACGUACAAUCAGGCAGCACUUGAUGCCCUCACGCGACGUAAAAACGUUCGCCAUUCCAUCGGGCGAUUUUCUGUCAACUCUCUCAAUUCUAAUAUCUCAGGCAUAACGGAUUUGAUCGCAUCUACUCAAGGAACGGGAGACGAAGAUGAGGGAGAAAUCUCCAAAACUAGUUUAAUAAGUGGCCCGAUGCCUGCGGGAAUCUCGAAAGAGGAACUUAAAAGAAAACUCGAGGAAAGCUUCACCCGAAUUUACAGCUUGGAGAAUGAAAAUAACGAACUUAAACAAAAGAGUAGUCUGCUAGAAGCUCCCGGAGAGCUCGGAGACUCUGAUGGCAUAUUGGAUGGAGAAAGCAUCCCCAACACAGUGGUGGAUCCAACGUUCAUGGCAUCGUUGGAAGAAACCCUCGAUCAAAAGGCAACAUCAAGCUAG